AUGGAGGACAGUUCAUCGUUUGAUGUCAAUAAGAUUGCAACACGCUUGAGAAGCCGAAAGAGUCAAGGAUUAGGAAGAGAACAUGCAUUAUCCUUCCUUCUCAGGCGGCAGUUGGCACACACAGUAUUUGAUACGCACAAGCAGUUGUGUGGGGAGGACCUAAUCAGCAUGGUUUUUGAAGAGGGAAGGGUGGAGAAAGAGUCUGGUACGUACAAGAGAGAGUUUAAAGAGAGAAAGAGUGAGGAAGAGAGAGUUGAUUUAUAUGGAUGUUUUGGACAUGUGUGGAAGGAGUAA